AUGGCUGUUUUGCCUGAAAAAUGGACUCCGGAUGGCAGUUUGGAAGUGGAGGCAGUCUGUCCAAUUUGCCUGGACUUUUACUCUUAUCCUGUCUCUCUCUCCUGUGCCCAUGUUUUCUGCUUUGACUGCACUAAGAAUUGGAUGGCACAAGGAGCAGAAGAUUCGAUACUGAGCUGUCCCUUGUGUAGAGAAGAAAAUAAGAGACCGAUCAUGUAUGAAUGGAUGAUUCGAGAACUCAUCAUUCUUAUCAAGCAGCACGGCCCCCUCCUGAAGCAACCCAUGGGGCAGAUCACUGGACCCCAGGGGUUUUGCUCAGUGGACACAGCUCUAGAAAUUGAGACUGGUGACUCCUCCUUGGUACUCUCUAAUGGUUUAAGUGAUGUCUGUUGUGGGGAGCCUGGUCAUAACUCGGAAGAUCCCCGAAGAUUCACCCCCUUGGCUGGUGUCUUGGACAGCUCUAACGUCUCCCUGGUCUGCCCGGAAGUUGAUGUGGGGAAAAGAAAAGAGUGGACUUCAGGUGUUUGCAAGGAGCCAGUCAGCAGGAGGAACCUGGCUAUAACUUGGUGGAAGAUCCUGGGAGAGUCACCCAACUGGCCUGAGUCCUGGACCGCUCCCACAUCUCCUUCAUCUGGCAUUUGCAAAUUGACACAGGAAAGGGAAAUGCAAAGAAUUCUCUCUGAAUCUCCUUUGUGGACUCUUCAAGCCCAUUCCUUUGUUCUGAAUAGCCAGGGGAAAGGGGACCUCAUCCUCUUCCUCCUGGGUCGGGAAGGGGAUGCCUGGGAAGACAGAGACUUAAACCAGAAUCUCUAUAGAUUUGGGGGAGGAAACCAGUUCAGCAUCAUUCGUGGGCAGCAGUUCAUUCGAAUGGUUUCAUUUGGUCUUGAAGACUAA